AGGGGAGGUGUGUUAUAUUUUUUAUAUUAGAGCCAAGGUUUUGCUAGUACAUUGAUCUGCCAUUACCAAAGGAGAAAGAUGAGUCAUGGAGACAAUACUUCUACUCCUCCUCUUGCUGAUGAUGUGAAUAUCCGAAUGGAUAUAAUGCAAAAGGCCAUUACGGACAUGAGUUCUGUCUUUAGGGAUUACCUUCUACAUCAAAAUAAUAAUAAUGCCCAACAAAACACUAGUGGUAACUCACAACAAACAGUGGACUCAAGGGAAGGAAAGGAGCAGUUGACACUGGUGAAGCAAUUUCAAAAUAUGAACCCGCCGAGCUUCAAGGGAAUUCCUGAUCCUAAUGUGGCUGAGUCUUGGGUCAAGAAACUAGAAAAGAUGUUCAAGCUCCUAAAGUGUACUAACAAGCAAAAAGUGGAGUUGGUAGUGUUUAAGUUAGAAGGUGAAGCUGAUGAUUGGUGGAUAGCUGCUCAAGAUGGGUUUUCUAAGAGGGGGAAGAAGGUCACAUGGGACAAGUUUGUUCAACCCUUCUAUCGAAAAUAUUUCUCUGAAGCUAUUUUAGAAAGACAGGAACUAGAGUUCAUGAACUUGAAGCAAGAUGAUAUGGCAGUUGAUGAGUAUCAAGCUAAAUUCAAUUCUCUUGUGAAGUUUGCUCCUUACUUUGUUAAUGAUGAAGCUAGGAAGGCAAGGAAGUUUCAGAAAGGGUUGAAAGCUUCCAUUAAAAAUAGGGUGGUUCCUCAAAUGUUAAAGACUUAUGAUGAGGUCUUAGCCACAGCUCAAAUAAUUGAGCAAGAUAUGGAUGAGCAAAAAAUGGAGACUCAAGACCAAAAAGAUGGCAUAUCAGUUGAUCCUAGUAAAGUGGAAGCGGUUGUGCAGUGGGAAAGGUCGACUAGUGUCACCGAAGUGCGAAGCUUUCUUGGGCUAGCAAGAUAUUAUAGAAGCUUUCAAAAGUUGAAGAACAGAUUGGUCACAGCACCAAUUCUUGCUAUUCUUGACAAUGGAGGAAACUUUGUGCCUACAUUAUUGUUGAGGAUCAAGGAAGCACAACAAAAAGAUUCAAGAUUGAUGGAGUUGAUGAAAGACAACGAGAAGAGCUUGAAAAUGGGUCUUCAUAUUUCGGAUGAUGGAGUUAUAAGACUUGGAGAUAGAAUUUGUGUUCCAUAUGAUGAAGGGUUGAGGGUAGAACUACUCCAAGAAAUACACAAGUCUAAUUACACCAUUCAUCCUGGGAGUACCAAUAUAUUGAUAAAGUCAGCUCACUUUUUGGCCAUAAAACAAAAAGACCCGUUGGACAAGUUGGCUAAGCUUUAUGUUCGGGAGAUUGUUAGACUCCACAGAGUUCUAGUGAUCAUUGUAUCAGAUAGAGAUCCAAGGUUUAUUGCAAGAUUUGGGAGAUCUUUUAAAAAAGCCAUGGGAACUCAAUUGAAAUUAAGCACAGCAUACCACCCACAAACUGAUGGGCAAUUUGAAAGGACUAUUCAAGUGCUUGAAGACAUGCUUAGAGCUUGUGCAUUAGAUUCGCCUAAGAGUUGGGAUGAUCAUCUUCCAUUAGUAGAAUUUGCUUAUAAUAAUAGCUAUCAUUCCAAUGUUAAGAUGGCACCUUAUGAAGCUCUUUAUGGUAGAAGACGUAGAACUCCAAUUUGUUGGGUAGAAGUCGGUUAUGGACGACUAAUGGGGCUGGCUUUUGUGCAGCAAACAACAGAGAAAAUAAGCCUCCAGAAGGCUCCCGAACCCACCAUUCAUCUGUAUCCUUCCUUCUUCCCAGCUGUGCCUUUCUUUCUCCUUUUAGCUUUGUGUGGUGCUAAAUCUACGAUCUCUAGCUGAAAAUUUUCUUGCAAUUUUACUACUUUAUGCUUUGAUUUUUAUAGAUCCAUAGAUUGGAGUAUCAAUCACCAACUGGGGAGUUUCGGCAGAGGUCCUGUAUGCUCGUUGUAUGUAAAAGAUAACACCUCAUGCUUUUGAUAUGGAGGCGGAUCAAUGUGUUACCAAAACGACGAUUCGACUUUUGAUAUUUUGAAAAGCUAUUGAGAAGGAUUUGCCCUCAUGAUUUUGUGUAAAUUACUUUUAUGUAUAUAAUAUUUAAACUAAUUAAAUGAGUUUAGCCCAG